UCCUGCUGACGUCAUCAAAACAUGCGCCGAAGUCCCUAUUACCAUUCCCAUCUUGCAGCAACAUUAUUUUCCUGACUUGGUGAAGGGGGAUCUGUAAACCUAAAACCGAUCAGUCUUUCUCUGGCUUCGGUAGGGUAAAAUGUCCGCGUUUUCAGAAGCUGCAUUAGAAAAAAAGCUCUCGGAACUCAGUAAUUCACAGCAAAGCGUCCAAACCUUGUCGUUAUGGCUAAUCCACCACAGGAAACACUCCAAGAUCAUCGUUACAGUAUGGUACAACGAAUUGAGAAAAGCCAAGGUCUCCCGAAAGCUGACGUUCCUCUACCUAGCCAAUGAUGUUAUACAGAACAGCAAACGGAAAGGCCCGGAGUUCACCAAGGACUUCGCACCAGUUAUAGUUGAUGCCUUUAGACAUGUUGCAAGUGACGGUGAGGAGGGGUGUAAGAAACACCUUGGGAGAGUGCUGUCUAUUUGGCAGGAAAGGGCUGUGUAUGACAAUGACUUGCUGGAACAGCUCAGGCAGGUCCUGCAGCCACCUUUUGCAGCCAUAACAGCUUUAAGUCUUUUGGGAUGCCCAGUCCCUGCUGAUGAAAAGCAGCCCCACAGCAUGAUGCUACCACCACCAGGCUUCACUGUAGAGGGUGAUAAGAAACCUAAAAAGCGUCCAUAUGAAGAAAUAAAGUUUGAAGAGGAUGACUUUCCUUGCCAAAGUUCUCCUGGUGAUCCUCCGCAGGUAGCAGAACUCAUCAAAGCUUUGCAGGAACUUGAAAACGCAGCCUCAGGAGAUGCUACUGUCCGGCAAAGGAUUUCCUCCUUGCCCUUAGAAGUUCAGGACGUCGCAUUACUGGACAGAAUAACAGAUAAAGAGUCGGGGGAUCGCCUGUCCAAAAUGGUGGACGAUGCCUGUAUGCUCCUGGCAGACUACAACGGCAGGUUGGCAGCAGAAAUUGAUGACCGGAAGCAGCUGACCAGGACCUUGAUGGAUUUCCUGCGUGCCCAAAAGGAGAUUCUAGCGGAAAAAGAACAGAAAUUGGAAGAAUAUAAGCACAAGUUGGCCAAGGUUUCCCAAGUCCGAAAAGAGCUACGUUCCCGGAUGGGCAGCCUUCCAGACCUUUCUCUGCUUCCCAAUGUAACAGGAGGACACCUUCGCCUGCCUUCUUCAGGAGACAUGUACAAUGCGGAUUGAUGUGACCCUCUCUGCCUCUCAGCAUUCAUGACUACGCCUCAUUAUCCCCGAUUAGCUUAGGUCAAGAAGAUAUUGUUGUGAUAUUAUUUUUGUAUCUAGAGUGGAUUUAAAUAUGACAAUACGAUAGAAUUGUUUAUGAAGUGUUCCUAAUGAAUAAAUCCAGUAUAUCAUUUA